UCAACGCUGUGACCCUCCACAUCUCCAAGACGACCUUCGUUUUGUUCAAACGGAGCGCGUCUAUUGCAGGGGUCGGUGACGAUGGGGAAGAGUAAGGAGGAUAUCGUUCGCAUUCAGGCCCGGUGUUUGGUGCUUGGUCUGCUCGGUCUGGUACUUUUCACGGCCAGUGCGUCGGCUAGCAACAUCAUCAAGUACCUCCCGGGCUACGAUGGCGAGCUUCCCUUCACACUCGAAGCAGGAUACAUUGGAGUGGGAGAGACAGAGGACGUGCAGCUAUUCUACUACUUCGUGGAGUCUCAGAGGUCGCCGGCGAUGGACCCGGUCGUGCUCUGGCUCACCGGCGGUCCUGGCUGCUCCACCCUCUUGGCUUUCUUCUACGAGAGCGGUCCAUUAAGUUUUGUAUAUUCAGGAUACAAUGGGAGCUUGCCAUCCCUUACAUUGAAUCCCUAUACAUGGACAAAGGCCCUUAAUAUAAUCUAUCUAGAUCAACCGGUAGGCACUGGAUUCUCUUACUCAACAACCCAAGAUGGUUAUGACACUGGCGACACAAGAUCUGCUGCGUUAACUUAUGAGUUCAUAAGGAAGUGGAUGUUGAGUCAUCCCAAUUUCAAGUCAAACCAACUGUACGUCGGAGGAGAUUCUUACUCGGGCGUAACUGUUCCACUGGUCAUCCAAGCAAUCAUGGAUAGCAAUCAAGAACAGGUAUAUCCACAGAUGAACCUCAAGGGCUAUAUACUCGGGAACCCUAAGACGGAUACUUAUAUUGAUGACAACUCCAGGUUAUCAUUUGCAAACAGGCUGACCCUUAUUCCUGACGAGCUCUUUCUGAUUGCCAAUGCAAGCUGCGGAGGGGACUUUGUGACUGAACAAACAGACAAUGAAAAAUGCGAGGCAGCUAUGCAGACCUUUGAAGAUUUGACCCGUCAAAUAAAUCUGCAACAAGUUUUAGAACCAGCAUGUACGAUGACAUCCCCAGAACCAACUGAAAUGAAUGUAGACAGGAGAUCUUUAAGAGAACAGUCCCGAGAGCUUCUCCGUUUACAUACUAAGGACACUGCAUACUGGUGUAGGAAUUAUCGUCAUGUGCUAAGUGGCAUUUGGGCAAAUGAUAAAUCCGUGCAGGAAGCUCUUCACAUUCGAGAUGGAACGAUAACACUUUGGAAGAUGUGCAACAGCAGUAUGUCUUACGAUGAGGAAUUCGACAGUGUUAUCAGCUAUCAUAAGAACUUCUCAGAGUCGUCAGAGUUACGAGCAUUGAUAUACAGCGGCGACCAUGACAUGUCUAUUCCCCACCUUGCGACGCGGCAGUGGAUCCAAUCUUUUGAUAUGACUCUGUUGGAUACAUGGCGACCAUGGUUCGUAAAUGCACAAGUCGCGGGUUACACAGAAGAAUACGAAAAUAACGACUACACUCUCCACUUUGUGACCGUAAAGGGCGGGGGACAUAUUGCAGCAGAGUACAAGCAGGAGCAAUGCGCUGCUAUGAUGGAUAGAUGGUUUGCUUACUAUCCUCUGUAGACGGCUGCCGGUUACACGAUGAGCAAUUAGGAGUGCCUCAUCAGGAGUCGAUGCAUUUAUUCUUGCUAGAAAUGUAUCGUUUCACAUUUCCAAAAUUCCGCAGCUGCAUUACAAGCAGUAGCGUAGAGAAAAGGAUGCAUACAGAUUAUUAUCGAAAGAGUGCGUCCAAAAGCGCAUGUGGUGAAGGGUCUGAGCUAUGUAUGCAUCCGUAAAUAAUAUCCGUGUCUCUCAGGAAACCAGUUGUGGGAGAGAAUGGAUCUUAGUUUUUUUUUUUUUCCUGAAAUUUUUGAAUAAUUAUGAAUUGAGUAUUCAUCCAACAUCGAUCUUCUUUUUUCCUUUCA